AAAGAAGAGCAUAUCGGCAUCGCUAUCGAGCAUCUACGCCAGAGCCAACAAUGCGCAAUCGAUGACUACAUGCGCGUACACGAGCGGACGAUCACUGCAGGCGAUUACUCACCGGGCACUUGGGUACUCGUCCACGAGACCUGGUUGGACGCGCAACACGGAAACAAAGGCGCGCUUCGCUGGUCGGGCCCAUAUGUCGUCCACGAACGAUACGCCUCAGGUUCCUAUUGUCUGAAGGAGCUCGACGGCACCGUGCUCAAAGAGGCAGUCGCAGCUAAUCGUGUCAAGCUUUUUUAUUACAGGAAAAUGCACCAGACCUUCCACUCU